GGAUAAAUUCUUCUUCGUCACAAAUAGAUUCCGGUGCGAGAAUAUUUCGGUAUUCCUUAUUAAUGAGUGUGCGGUGGAAAAUAAUAAUAAAAUCGAAUCAAAUUUGAAAUUUAUCCAAAUAUAAUAUAAAUAGGGAUAUAAUCGAUAAAGUCCACAAUGGGCUGUGAAAAGACAGAGAAAGAGGUAGAGGCUCCUCCAAUCGAGGAAAACACCUAUAUGAUUCACCUUCCAAAAUCACUCAACAUAGAAGAGAAGAAAUACUUAUUAGCAGUAGAGCGCGGUGAUUUGGUAAAUGUUAAAAGAUUCAUCCAAUAUGCCAACAAAAGCCACGGUAAAUCAAUAGACAUCAAUUGCGUGGACAGUUUGGGCCGUGAUGCAUUGUGCUUGUCAAUCGAUUCAGAAAAUCUAGAAAUGGUAAAAUUAUUAGUAGUAAUGGGUAUAGAGACGAAGGAUGCCCUUCUUCGAGCUAUUGAUCAAGAAUUUGUAGAAGCUGUUGAGUUUCUGCUCGAACACGAAGAAUUAUUAACCGCCAAUUCGUUGGAGAAUAAUUCUGAGAAAGAAGUGAUCCACAGUUGGCAAAAGAUCGAUCCAGCCUCCGCUAGGUAUCCACCGGAAAUUACGCCAUUGAUUUUAGCGGCACAGCGGAACAAUUACGAGAUUUUGAAAUUGUUACUAGAUCGUGGCGCCACUCUUCCUAUGCCGCACGAUAUUAGAUGCGGAUGUGCCGAUUGUCUACGAUCAACCAUAGGAGAUCCAUUGAGAAUUUCGUCCACUAGAGUUUCUGAAUACAAAGCAUUGGCAAGUCCAAGUUUGAUAGCUCUUAGCUCGCCAGAUCCUUUGCUGACGGCUUUUCAAUUGAGCUGGGAACUUCGAGAAUUGACGAUUGCCGAACCGGAAAGUAGAGGCGAAUACUUGAAGUUGAGACGUCAGGUGGAAAGAUUCGCCGUUGAUCUUCUGCAACAAGUGAGAACCACUACGGAGUUGCACACGAUUCUCAACUACGAUCCUGAGGACGAUGCCAACUUGCCCCCGAAGCAGCUGGCCAGAUUAGAAUUGGCCAUACAAUAUAAGCAGAAAACUUUCGUCUCCCAUUCCCACGUGCAGCAACUGUUGGCAGCGAUCUGGUACGAUGGUCUACCGGGAUUUAGACGCAUGAGCACAGGAAAAAGAUGUGGAAUUCUCGCGAAAACAGCUUUAAUGUUUCCAUUCUACUGUAUAAUGUACUUAAUAGCACCAGAGUCGAAGAUCGGACAAUUAAUGCGUAAACCAUUUGUUAAAUUCCUCGUUCACGCCUCUUCGUAUCUAUUCUUCUUGUUUAUUCUAAUGUUGGUAUCUCUACGCGCGGAGGUAGAAAUAGUAAGAUUAUUCGGCAGCGAUGAGACAAUAAAAAAUAUGAAUAUAGAAUUGACGAAGCAAAGAGGGGCAGCACCAUCGCUUUUGGAAUGCAUUGUCAUUCUUUAUGUUAUUGGAUUUAUUUGGCAAGAAAUGAAAGAGGCUUACAUAGACGGAUUAAAGGGGUAUCUACGAGACAUGUGGAACUUCAUCGACUUCACUAGAAACUUUCUCUACAUCGCGACUGCGAUUCUUCGAUUAGCAGCGUAUCUUCAGCAAAAAGCGGAGAUUAGAGACAAUCCUUCGGCAGCUCUGAUCCCAAGGGAGAACUGGAGCGAUUUCGAUCCUCAGUUAAUCGCCGAAGGCCUGUUCGCAGCCGCCAACAUCAACAGUGCCCUGAAAUUGAUCCAUUUGUUCAGUAUUAAUCCUCACUUGGGACCUCUUCAGAUAUCUCUAGGAAGAAUGGUGAUAGACAUUGUAAAGUUCUUCUUCAUCUACACGUUGGUACUUUUCGCGUUCGCCUGUGGCCUGAAUCAAUUGCUCUGGUACUUUGCCGAAUUGGAAAGACAAAAGUGCUACGUUGAUUUUGUUGAUCCAUCUUGGGACCCCGCGAGUGACAAUUGUUUAAGAUGGAGAAGAUUCAGUAAUCUCUUCGAGUCCUGUCAAAGUUUAUUUUGGGCCAGUUUUGGCGGGAUUGGCAUAGAAAGUUUCGAACUCACAGGGAUCAAGAGCUAUACUCGAUUCUGGGGCCUGCUGAUGUUUGGUUCUUAUUCCGUGAUCAACGUGAUCGUCCUUCUGAAUCUUCUCAUCGCCAUGAUGAGCAACAGUUAUGCUGUCAUUGAGGAACGAGCAGACAAAGAAUGGAAAUUCGCGAGGACGAAGCUGUGGAUGAGCUAUUUCGAGGACAGUGGCACGCUUCCACCUCCAUUCAACAUUAUCCCUCCCCCAAAACUGUUCCUCAGGUGGUGCGGCCUGCGAAAGAUCACCAAGAAGAUGAACGAUUGCAAACGAACGCGCGAUUCCAAGUACGGAGCCGUGAUGAGAGCACUGAUAUGGAGGUACAUCGUGAACACUCACUCUGAACACGAGAUGAAUCCGGUGACCGAGGAUGACGUACACGAGCUCAAGUCGGAUCUAUCCUCGUGGAGAUGCGAAUUGUUGGAGAUCUUGAGAAGGAACGGAAUGGAUAUUGCUAGUGCUGACACGAAAGAGAAAACUAUUCUUGGCAAGAAGAUGAAGGUAUGGGAAAGAAGAUUAAUGAAGGAUUUCCAAGUAGCAGUUCCGCUUUCUCUAGACGAGGAUCAAAUGGAAUCUUUCCAGCAAUCGAACGAAGACGAAGACAACAUCGCGAAAUGGAAAAGGAUCGCAAAAUUAGCCGUGUUACAAUCGGCUAAUCAUCGUUGGAAUCAGGUACUGGACAGCGCUGUGAAAAGUUCACAGAUUGGCAAAAGCACCAGUAAAUCGUCUAUUCAAAAUCAGAUAAGCUUGAAGAAAGCUAUGGAGGAGGCGCAAAAAUUGAACAAUAAGAGUACAUUGCCACCUGUAUCACUUGCUGUGAAACUUCCUGAAACUACUGCUUCCACGAUUCUUCAUGUUUUACAUGAUACGGUCGACGAAACUGAUACUUCUGAUAAAUCUGAAACGGUGCAAGAAACUUCGAAAACGAUAAUUAAUGUAACGACAGAUUCCAAAGAAAAAUCGAAGCCUGUAAUGUCAAUGGAUUAUGUCGAUGAGAAAUCCGCUAAAAUUGCACCAGUGCCACCGCAGCAAUUCAAAAGAAAAGCUUUGAACAGUUCAACGACGUAUCAACAACCGUCUGAAAUGUUAUCUUCUCAUUCCACGAAUACUUUCAAGUACACAUCAAAUUCUCCAAUAAAGAAAUCUGGUGGUACAGAAUCAACAUUGUCUACCCAUAUGGAUGAAAUUCCUAAAACAUUGAAAUCACGAUUAAAACCUACAUUAAGUCCUAAAAAAAAUAUGAAUUUGCCGGAGGAUAAGGAAAAAUUGGUAAAUGUUAUGCCUAGAUCGCCACGAGGACCAAGUAAAUCACCUCGAAAAGGAGGUUGGCUGUAAAAUACUGAAUAAAAGUAAAUAAAAUAUGUAAUUUAUGAGAUUUGAUUUAAAAAUCUGUGUUCUUAAUACACAUGCAUGUUUUGAUAAAAUUAUCGUCUUAGGAAUAUAUUAUAAAGUAAAAAAGAUUUUAAUAUCUAUAUUUCUUUUUUAAAAAUUAAGACACGUUGUAGUUUUGAAAGUGAAAUGAUGAAAUUGUGUUCAAUUAAAUCUCAUAUCUUGUUUAUGAUCACGUGCGAAAGAUGAAUAUAUAAAGUAAGACAAAGAGAGAAAAUAGUGAGAAAAGGAUGAAGAUAGGAUAAAAAUUCGGAAAUCAGCGCCAUCUAUAGAGUGCCGUAGAUUAAACAUAAAUUUAGACAAAGAAAGCAAGAAAAAAGGAUAGAGAUAGGAUAAGAAUUGAUCAUCAGAGCCAUCUCUUGAGUAAUGAAGAUAUCUCUUUAAAAGAAAGAUAAAGUAGAGUAAGAAUUGAUCAUUAGCGCCAUUUCUGAAGUGAAAUUAAAUUUUUUUCUAAAAGAUGGCGCUAAUUUUUAAUUCUUACUCUGUUUUAUCUUGACUGAGAAAAAGUUUCUAUAAUACUUAAGAGAUGGCACUGACGAUUAUUUCACACUUUAUCUUUCUAUCAUUAAUAACCUUCUUCACUGUUUGUUCUCUUUGUUCAUAUUCCUAAAAUUGUGCGUUUUAAAAAGGGUUUCGAUAUUUGAUGAACUUUAUCGUUUUUUAAAAUAAAAAUAUAAAAAUAUAUGUAAAAUAUAUUACGACAUAUAAAAAUGAUAUGUAUGUAUUAUAAUAUAUAAUAUACUUAUAAUAGAAAUAUACAUCCGUAUGCUAAAAAUUACACGGAAUGAAAUUCAUUUUCAAUGAGAUUCCUUUCAUUUAUGUAUGAUACAAUCAAUGACAUUCAAUGAUGCUGGAAAAAAUAAAACUGAAACAACAUAUAAAUUAAUGCACUGAUCGUAUAAAAUAUAUUUCAACAUCCUGGCAUUUGAAAAAAUUUUGUAUAUGGAAUUGAAGGCAAAU